AUGAAUCAUGCUGCGAUUGACAAACGCAGCACAGUGGAUGUUCAAAAUGGAUCGCGAUGCAUUCUUAAUGCUCACUACACUACAUCAACCCUUGUAGAGGGAGGGACUUGCAAGACUGGCCCAGAUGACUUUGCGGUAGAAGUUUUCACGACCGGUGCUUAUGAAGCUUUUGAAGCCAUCUUGAGAGUCAAUCGGAAAGGUCAAUUUUGCGAGAUGGAUCUCAAAUGGGAUGGCGAAUGGACUAACCUUGUCCGAGGCAGUUAA